CUCCGCGCCUGGCGGGGUGGCGGCGGCCUCCCUCCACUACAUAGGUCCCAGGAAGAGGAGCAGGAGGAGGAGGAAACGCGGGGGCCGGGCGGCUCCCAGGGCGCAGCGGCGCGGCCCCCGCAUGGAGCCCAACGUGCGCUUCUGGAUCACCGAACGCCAAUCUUUUAUUCAGAGAUUUGUUCAGUGGACAGAAUUAUUGGAUCCUACAAAUUUGGUCGUUUCAAUUGAAAAAAUAGAAAAAUCAAGGCAACUAUUGUUAACAAAUGAAGAUGCAUUCAUACAUGACUUGGAGGACCGAAGGGUACAAGAAGCUUGGAAGAGAAGUCUUUCAACAGUGCAUCCUGACAACAGCAAACUGAUCCCCGUUCCUUUUCGACCUGCAGCUCUCCUACCUUUCACGGCACCCAUGAUCUUUUUGUCGAUGCUGUCGGUGAAAAGUCUGAAGUCCCUGAUUUUACCUCAGGUUUCCUUCUCCACCUACACUACGGCAUUCAACAUUGUCAACGGAAACGCAAGUUAUAAUCGUCGCCCACAUGAGAGUCUAUUACUAGGGACAGGAGUAAUUGCUUCUUCAUCCUUUUUUGGAUUACUCCCUCAUUUGCUCCAGAUGCGGCUGAAUAACAUGUUAUUGAAAAAAGCCCUUCCCAUCAUCAUUCUGACCCACAUCAGUGCCAUGAAUGUUGUUGCAGCCCGAAGCCUUGAGCCCAUUCGAGGGAUUGAAGUCAUGGACAAGGAAGGCAAUGUCAUGGGCUAUUCCAGAAAAGCCGGGACAAAGGCCGUUAAAGAUACGGCGACGUCCAGAAUCGUGCUGUUUGGGACCUCCGCUUUUAUCCCUGAAGUCUUCUCCCACUUUUUCAUAAGGACCCAGUUUUUCCGGCAAUAUCCAUGGUCAUUAUGGACCUUCAAGCUGUCUUGUACUGUCUUAGUAAUGGGACUGAUGGUGCCAGUUUCUUUUAGUAUGUACCCACAAAUUGAACGGAUACAGUGCAAUAAGCUUGAAAAGGAAAUUCAGUCUGCAACAGAAGAAACGGAACUCUUCUAUAACAGAGGGGUAUAGGGAUGGGUUUUUGGUGAAUUUGUUCUGUUCCUGCUUGAACGCCUUCCUCUCUGCUCGAGGUGUCCGUUCCGAGGACUCUACCAGGGGUCUGGAACCCGAGGUGUCUGUGCCCCCAGGAUGGCUUACAAUUGCACAGGCCAGCGCCCUUUCCAGGCAGGUGCCUGGGGGUUUCAAGCCUGGAUGAAAGGAGAAACAAGAGGCUGUCCUGUCUGGUCCACCCCCAUGGGGUUGCUGAGGGGAUGGGUGAUAGAAGAUUCGAUUCUCUAGGUGUUUGUUCAUCGGGCUCUGAAGGGAUACUGUGAAAUUACUAAUAAACUUAUUAAAAGUUAAGUAUUUGAAAAAAUAGAGGAAAAGGGUCUCCCGCGCCCAGGGCCCAGGCAUUAAAUUGAUGGCCCACCUCAAGGUAAGUGGGAGCCUCUGGUGAGUGCUGAAGGCCUCCACCCCCAAACCAAUCCUCUUUCCCUCCUCAGCUUACUCCCAUUUUGGACGCCUGAAAAUCUUUGCCCCCGGGGCCAUCCGCCUCCUUUCUCCUCUCUGGCAAAUGACCCUGCCUCCUCCCUCACAGUGAAAACAAGGCUGUGGACCAGCGGUGGAACCUCCUGGCGUCAAUUCCGCAGACCUCUUCCCACCCACGCCCAGCCUUCCCUCCUCCUCGCAAGGUCAGCUGUGGGCCGGGCUCAGGGCCCUUCCAUUCCGAUUUCCUCAGGGCCUUCCGUGCCUGUGUAGCUUCCCUGCCUCUGGCUCCAGACUCCUCCCUCCUUCCCAGAAGCAAGGGAACUACUGGAGUCACCAGCCUCGUUAAAAUAGCUAACAUCCUUCCGGAGCCAAAUGUUUUCAAGGAUUGUCUCCCCUCACUGUGCCCACCGCCUUCCACUCUGCUACAACUGCUCCCCACCCCGCACCCUACCCGAAAGCUGACUGCCAGUCUGCUGGGUGCUCAGACUCAGCACGGGGCUUGCUCCCCUGAGCAGUAGGCCCCCCUCCUGCUGCCCCCGGUACCCCGCCCCUCAGACAUCCACUUGAGACCAUCUUUUCCUCCCCGUCUCAGGAAAUGGCACCGCCACCGACGAAGCAGCGUCACCCAAGAUCAUUGGCGUCACCCUCUCUUCUCCCUCCCCUCAACCCCAUUCAACAGCUGAGCCCAAAGGUGACAAGUGCUACAGCCUGCCCGGCCCAUCAGCAUCCCCUGCUGGCGUUACUCGAUUGCUGGCUCCUCCCUUCCCUGCCUCAGCCUGCUCUGAUAAACACCUGCCCAAAAGCCUUAAAUGGCUUCCCAGUGCAUCAGGUUCAAGUCCAAAUUCCUUACCAGGCAGGCCAGAGCCUUUACCUUAUUCAUCUCCUGCCGCCCCUUUUCUUCACUUUGGACCAUACCCUGUUCCUCAUGUGGGCUGCAGUCUUUCCUUCCUGGGCCUUCAUAUCAGCUGUUCCCAGCUCCAGGUUAACUCUCGCUUAUCCAUCAGGUCUGACUUGGACAUCAAUCACUCCCUCCAGGAAGCCCUCUAGGAUACACAGUACUGAAUUAGGUGCCCUUGCUAUGUGCUCCCAUAGCACUCAUACUGUAUCUAGCCUGGCCACACCACAGUGGGAUAGUCUGCUGACCCUGAGCCCCCCCCCCCCCCCCCCCCCCCCCGCCAGACC